AGCUCCAUCACAGGGCAACAAAGGGACGCAUGCUUCAUUCGAAACCUCCAAUUUAUAAGACAAUUUAAAACACUCCAUUUCUGAUUUGCAUCUGUCCUCACCUCAAACUAAGACGGCAAGCAAUAAUAAACGGCUAUGGAACUGGAGCAUUUUGAUGAGCGGGACAAGGCUCUCAGAUAUACCCGAAGAGGCUCAAGAGGUAAUGGGCUCCCCAGUCCCACUCAUAGUGCUCAUUGCAGCCUGUACAGAACCAGGACACUUCAAGCUCUGAGCUCAGAAAAGAAGGCCAAGAAGAUUCGUUUCUACCGCAACGGUGACCGAUACUUCAAAGGUAUUGUGUAUGCCAUUUCUCAGGAGAGAUUUGGGUCUCUAGAUGCCCUCCUUGCAGACCUCACAAGAUGUCUGUCUGAUAAUGUCAACUUGCCCCAAGGGGUCAGAACUAUAUAUAGCAUUGAUGGGACAACCAGGAUCACCACCAUGGACCAACUAGUAGAAGGUGAGAGCUAUGUCUGUGCAUCCAUAGAGCCUUACAAGAAGCUAGACUACACAAAGAAUGUAAAUCCGAACUGGUCAGUAGGUGCCAGGACUUCUGCAUCUGUUCGUGAUCCUUCAUCCCUUGGUAGUGCCAAAGCUGUGUGUCUGGAAACCUGGGAGAGCAAAGACUUUAUAAAACCUAAACUGGUAACAAUUGUCCGCAGUGGAGUAAAACCUCGCAAAGCUGUACGUGUUUUGCUCAACAAGAAGACCGCACAUUCCUUCGAGCAGGUCAUGACUGACAUCACAGAUGCAAUUAAAUUAGAUUCUGGAGCCGUCAAAAGGAUAUAUACUGUUGACGGAAAAAUGGUCACAAGCCUUCAGGACUUUUUUGGGGAAGAUGACAUAUUCUUUGCUUGUGGUCCUGAAAAGUUUCGCUAUCAAGAUGACUUCAGUUUGGAUGAAAGUGCUUGCAGGGUGGCAAAAUCUCCAUCAUAUGGUCGGCUCCCCUCAAUUCAUGGUCGUUCUUCUCCUAGAUGUGGCGGGAUGUCCCGGCGAAGCAAAUCUCCCUCAUCCCCUGGAUCAACUAAUGGCACUGCAGGCAGUCAGCUAUCCACACCUCAUUCUGGAAAGUCGCCAAGCCCCUCUGCGACCAGUCCAGUUAGCCAUAGAAGACGACAGGGUUCUCAUCACAGUGGCUCUUCACUCUCAUUAGCUUCUUCUAAAGUAUGCAGCUCAAUGGAUGAAGGGGAUGGGCCUAACGGUGAAGCUGAGCAUUUGGAUGAGUGUAACGUAGUUCCUGUUGCCAUAGUGGACAGGUACAAAGUUGGAAGGAUUUUAGGUGACGGGAACUUUGCUGUAGUCCGAGAAUGUGUGGAAAGAUCUACUGGAAGAGAGUAUGCUCUCAAAAUCAUCAGCAAAGAUAAAUGCAAGGGAAAGGAGCACAUGAUACAAAGUGAAGUAUCCAUCCUUCGACGUGUGAAACAUCCAAACAUUGUACUUUUAAUUGAGGAAGUGGACACCCUCAGUGAGCUUUAUCUUGUAAUGGAGCUGGUUAAGGGCGGCGAUCUCUUUGAUGCCAUUACGUCUUCCAACAAAUAUACAGAGCGUGAUGCCAGCUGUAUGCUGUUCAACCUGGCCAGUGCCAUCAAGUACCUUCACAGUCUCAGCAUUGUUCAUAGAGACAUUAAACCAGAAAAUCUGUUGGUGUACAAUCAUGUUGAUGGUAGUAAAUCUUUGAAGUUGGGCGAUUUUGGCUUGGCUACGGUUGUUAAUGGUCCUCUCUAUGCUGUCUGUGGAACACCCACCUAUGUGGCACCAGAGAUUAUUGCUGAAACAGGAUAUGGCCUCAAAGUGGACAUUUGGGCAGCUGGUGUCAUCACGUACAUUCUACUUUGUGGCUUUCCUCCCUUCCGUGGUACUGGAGAAGACCAGGAGGACCUUUUCAAACAAAUUUUGAAGGGCCAGCUCGAUUUUCCAGCACCAUACUGGGACAGUGUCUCUGACGCUGCCAAGGCUCUGAUCAGUGGGAUGCUGCAGGUAGUGAUAGAUCAAAGAUACACAGCUAUACAAGUGCUUGAUCACCACUGGGUCAAUGGUGAUGGCCUUUUGGAGAAAGAGCAUCAACUUCCUGUUGCAGGAAAAAUCAAGAAACAUUUCAACUGUGGACCGAAGCUCAACAGCACUACAGCAGGAGUGUCAGUAAUUACACUGGACCAAGACCUAACCUUCAAGAAGUCAGGGUCUUUGGACCAAAACCAGCAUCCAGGAUUAGACUGGAUAAGACCACACCACUUGAUAAAGAGAAGCAAGUUUUCAGAAGAUGCCACCAGGAUGUAA